AUGGGGUCAUCCGGGUCCAAAACAGCGCAAAACGCCAUACGUAAAUUUCCUGUACGAGCACCGGGUUCAUCACCAGCAGCAGUCCGGGCUCCAAGCGGUGCAGCGACGUCAAACCCACAACCAGUCGCUACCCCCGCCACAGAGAGUAAGCCACGGGCCCGACCCCAGGCUUCAUACACAAAAGAUGACGCGAUUCUCGCCGACUCCAUAGACCCCAACCGUCCCGAGUUCAGUGUCGAUUUCGCGAACCGACUGCAGCAAAUGGGCAUUGUGCAACCGAACCCAACCUAUUCACCAUCGUCCAUAGCCUCUCCCUUUCCCGCUGCUUUCACAACACGACAGAACCAAGCUCAACAAACAUCCCCACAAACACCACAGUUUCCCUCUCCCUCGAGUAACACAACCCUAGGCGCUUUAGAAGUGCGUCGGGCGCUGGAAGCACGGGCUAAGCAAGAGCUGGAGCGUAUGGGCAAGCCGGGCGACGAAGGGAGGGAGUUUUUGGACAUCGGUACGGUUGAACAGGUGAUAUUGCUGCGCCAGAAUGGUACGCCAGCCAAGGACAUUGAAGCACGUUUGAGACUUAAGCCUGGCUUGGUUGCGAGGUUAGGUGUCCAGGGAGUGGUGACCCUAGCGACGUGA